CCCUCCCCUAUCUCGCCCCCACCGCGUGAUCCCUCUGGGGCCUCCUCUUUUCCGGCCCCCUAAAGCUGCUGAGCUUUAUAAUCCUUACACCCGCGGUGGCCUUGCUCCUGACUUCAUUGCAGCUGGGCUGCGUUCCCCUCAGAGCACCUUCCACAGGAGCCAGGACCCCGCGCCGCGUGCCUACUUGGUAGGAUGAGACUGUGGGGCUGCUGGUUGCUGCCUGUCCUCUUCCUUCUCUCUGAGGUCCGCCCUGCCUUCUCAGACACUCCCGCCAAUUGCACUUACUCUGAUCUGCUGGGCACCUGGGUUUUCCAGGUGUCCGACGGACUGGGGUCUCCGGACAACAGCAUCAACUGCUCUGUGUUGGGGCCACCAAGAAAGAAAGUAAUAGUACACCUGCAGAAGUUAGAUACAGCAACUGAUGACUUUGGCAAUUCUGGCUUCUUCACUAUCAUUUACAAUCAAGGUUUUGAAGUUGUGCUAAAUGAUUACAAAUGGUUUGCCUUUUUUAAGUAUAAGGAGGAAGGCCACAAUGUGACGAGUUACUGUCAUGAGACAUUUCCUGGAUGGGUACACGAUGUUCUGGGCAAGAACUGGGCAUGUUUCACUGCAAAGAAACUUGAAAGCACUGCAGAAAAUGUUCGAGUGAAUAAACCUCUGAGGCAACACAAAGAAAGGAAUUUACAGGAACAUUUCAAAUACAAUUAUGACUUUGUGGAUGCCAUCAAUGCUGCUCAGAACUCCUGGAUUGCUACUGUGUAUGAGGAAUAUGAAAAAUUAAGUCUGGAUCAGAUGAUUAAGAGAAGGGGCGGCUACAGUUAUCCAUAUCCCAGGCCAAAAUCUGCACCAUUGACCCAUGAAAUACUUCAAAAAACUUCAACUUUGCCAAAGUCUUGGGACUGGAGAAAUGUUAAUGGUGUCAACUAUGUUAGUCCUGUUCGAAACCAAGCAAACUGUGGCAGCUGCUACGCAUUUGCUUCCCUGGGUAUGCUGGAGUCAAGAAUUCGUAUUAAAACCAAUAAUUCUCAGGUGCCAGUGUUAAGUCCCCAGGAGAUCGUGUCUUGCAGUGAAUAUUCUCAAGGCUGUGAAGGUGGCUUCCCUUAUCUCAUUGGGGGGAAGUAUGCCCAAGAUUUUGGACUGGUGGAAGAGGAAUGCUUUCCCUACCAAGCUUAUGAUUCUCCAUGCACUCCAAAGAAAUGUUCUCGUUAUUAUACAUCUGAGUACCACUAUGUGGGAGGCUUCUAUGGAGGCUGCAAUGAAGCUUUGAUGAAGCAUGAACUGAUUCAGAAUGGACCCCUGACCGUUGCUUUUGAAGUAUAUGAUGAUUUCAUUCACUAUCGGACAGGAAUCUAUCAUCACACAGGGCUGAGGGACAAUUUCAAUCCCUUUGAAUUGACCAAUCAUGCCGUUCUUCUCGUAGGCUAUGGCACUGAUGAAAAGACUGGCGAGGAUUACUGGAUAGUUAAAAAUAGUUGGGGAACUUCUUGGGGUGAGAAUGGUUACUUCAGAAUCCUCCGAGGCACUGACGAAUGUGCCAUUGAGAGCAUAGCUGUGGCUGCCACACCAAUUCCCCAAUUGUGAGGUAUUUCUUCAUUCAUCUCACUCCAUCUCCGUAUAUUAACUCAGGAAAAAUUUAAGAGUUCAGUAGAGCUUUUUUUGAAAUCUUCUGUUUCAGAAUUUCUUCUUAAAACUCAAAGGUGCCCACUAAGAUUCAGCUUCAAACUCAUUUUGGAUAUGAGUCUAUCAAAAGACCUUUUUUUUUUUUUUUUUUUUAAACAACCAACAAACACUGUUAAAUUAUAUUUACUAUAGAAAACACUGGAGAAAUGAUAAUUUGUAACUCAAAAAAAUAAUUUGUAUUUCAAAGACAUGUUGUUUAAAAAAAAAUUGUGCCUUAUGUCUAUAAAGCACCAGAUGUAAAACCACCAUGUAAAAAUGGAUUUUGUUGUAUGAAUCAUGAGGGGAGUGAUUGUGUUCAUUAAAAGGAAUUUUAUUGCUUGACAAAUGUUCAAGUGAAACCUC